AUUGAUUCUCUUAUCAUCAGAGAUUUGGUUCGGUUCUCAAGGAGAUAAAUGAAGCUUUGUACCUGGACAUUCAUUGUUCUUCUUGUCUAUGUUUCUGUUUCUGUAAUCCGUUUCGAUGAAUUCGGCGGCACGAGUCAACAACAGAUGGAGAGAAUCACAGAAAACGUUGUUGAUGUCUUGGAAGAUUAUCUGGUUGGAAGAUUGAAAGUGUUUGUUUAUGAACUCCCAAGCAAAUACAAUGAAGAUAUAGUGAAGAGGGAUCCUAGAUGCCUUACCCAUAUGUUUGCUGCUGAGAUCUAUAUGCAUCGUUUCCUGUUGACCAGUCGAGUUCGAACUCUCAAUCCUGAAGAAGCUGAUUGGUUUUACACCCCAGUUUACACAACUUGUGACCUUACACCCAUGGGUCAUCCAAUGUCUUUCAGAUCUCCACUAAUUAUGCGUAGUGCGAUCCAGGUGAUCUCUUCGAAUUGGCCUUACUGGAAUAGAACAGAAGGGGCUGAUCACUUUUUCCUUGUCCCCCAUGAUUUUGGUGCCUGCUUCCACUAUGAGGAAGAAAAAGCUAUUCAACGAGGGAUUCUUCCUUUGCUUCAAAGGGCUAACUUAGUUCAGACUUUUGGCCAGAGAAACCAUGUUUGUAUGAAGGAGGGUUCAAUCAUAAUUCCUCCAUAUGCUUCACCACAGAGACUUCAAUCCCACUUGGUCCCCCAAAACACACCUCGUUCCAUCUUCGUAUAUUUCCGAGGUCUAUUUUAUGAUUCUGGAAAUGACCCAAAAAGAGUUCGUUAUGCGAGAGGAGCACGGGCUUCGCUAUGGGAGAAUUUCAAGAAUAAUCACCUCUUUGACAUCUCUUUUGAGCACACAAGGACUUAUUAUGAAGACUUGCAGAGAGCGGUUUUCUGCUUGUGUCCACUGGGUUGGGCUCCAUGGAGUCCUAGAUUGGUAGAAGCAAUGAUAUUUGGAUGUGUUCCCGUUAUUAUUGCGGAUGAAAUUGUGUUACCCUUUUCAGAUACAAUCCCAUGGGAGAAAAUUGGGGUGUUUGUAGCUGAAAAAGAUAUCAAUAAAUUAGAUACUAUUCUUACGUCGAUACCAGCAGAAGUAAUUGUUAGGAAACAGAAGUUACUUGCCAAUCCUUCAAUGAAGAGGGCAAUGUUGUUCUCUGAGUCAGGUCGGCCGGGAGAUGCUUUCCACCAAAUAUUGAAUGGGCUUGUAAGUAAAUUGCCACAUGACAAGAGGAUCUAUCUGAAUCCCGGCGAGAAAGUCUUAGACUGGACUUCAGGUCCUGUGGGGGACUUGCAGCCAUGGGAGUAGC